UCAACAUAAAUAAGCUAUAGAUAUAUAUAUGUCCCCUCCCUCUUGAAACUCCCUCCUACCUCCUUCCCCAUCCCACAGCUCUAGGUUGGUAUAUAGUCCUGGUUUGAGUUCCCUGAGUCAUAGAGCAAAUUCCCAUUCAAUUAAAAAAAUAAAUAAAAAAUUUUAAAGUAUUAAGAAAUAUCCUUUUUGCCAGGUCACCAAGCUCCUUAUUUUGUAUCUUCAUGUUUCAUUUUUGUCCAUCAAUAAUCUGGUAUUGGACUGUACUUAAUUUAUUCACAACUAGUAUCUUGCAUUUCUAUCUUUCUAACUCUGCCCCCUUUUAAACCUUCCAACACACAGGGAUCUCUGAGAAAGAGCACCCUCAGAAGUCAGAACAAGUCGGAGCAGCUGAGCAACUCUCAUGGCUUCAGGAAUCGUGAUGAACCUACAGGAGGAGGUGACCUGCCCCAUUUGCCUGGAGCUUCUGACAGAACCCCUGAGCCUUGACUGUGGCCACAGCUUCUGCCAAGCCUGCAUUACUGCAAACAACAUGGUGCCCAUGAGUGGCCAAAACGAGGAGAGAAGGUGCCCUGUGUGCAGAAUUAGUUAUGAGCCUGGGAACCUGCGGCCUAAUAGGCAUGUAGCCAACAUAGUACAGAGGCUCAGAGAGGUCAAGUUGAGCCCAGAGGUGGAGCAAGAGAAAAAUUUCUGUCUGCGCCAUGGAGAGAAACUCAUGCUCUUCUGCGAGGAGGACAGGGAAGUCAUUUGCUGGCUUUGUGAGCGGUCCCAGGAGCACCAUGGUCACCACACAUUCCUCAUGGAAGAGGUUGCUCAGGACUAUCAGAAGAAACUCCGGGAAGCUCUAGAGACGCUAAGGGAGAAGCAGCUGGAAGCUGAGGAGUUGGAAGUUAAAGUCAGAGCACAGAUUGCUGCCUGGAAGGAUCAAAUACAACAUGAGAGACAAAAUGUCAAGGCAGUGUUUCAAAAACUGAGAAAGAACCUUAAAUAUGAGGAGGUGAAGGAAAUGCAAAAACUGAAGAGUAAGGAGGAAGUUGGUCUACGUAACCUGGCAGACUCUGAGCAUGUGCUGAUCCAGCAGAGCCAGUUGGUGAGAAAUCUCAUCUCAGAUGUGGACCGUCGUUUGAAAGGAUCAACAACGGAGAUGCUGCAGGAUGUGAAUGACAUCAUGAAAAGGAGUGAAACCUUAACCCUGAAGAAGCUCAGAACUCUCCCCAAGGGACAAAGGAGAAUGUGUUCAGCUCUUGAUCUGACAGACAUACAGCGAGUGUAUAAUGGGCUGACAGAUGUGCAACGCUACUGGGUUCAUGUGUUCCUGAAUCUUCUCAAGGACCUUGUCAUUUCUGAGAACCAGAAGCAAUUAAGAUAUGUGUGUUAUUUGGAACCAAACCAUAUAUAUAAGAAUGAUGAUUUUGAAGAUUAUGGUGUCCUGGGCUCCCUGGUUAUCACAUCACAGAAAUACCACUGGGAAGAAGAUGUAUCAGAAAAACCUGCCUGGAUCCUGGGAGUAUAUGGUGGAAAAUGGCAUGGAUAUAAGUUUCUAUUUGAAAACAACAGAAAUUGUCAAUAUGUUUACUGGAGAAAUCAACCUAAAUAUAGCUACUGGAUUACAGGAUUAAAAAAUAUGCAGUUUGAAUAUGAUGCUUUUGAUGAGUCUUCUUCCUCAGGCCCCUUGAUCUUAACCCUCUCCCUGAGUGUUCCUCCCCAUUGUAUUGGGGUUUUACUAGACUAUAACACUAAUCUUGUCUUAUUUGUCAAUGUCACAGACCAAGGAAUUCUCAUCUAUAAACUCUCUUCAUGUUCCUUUACUCAGAAAAUGUUUUCAUAUUUCAAUCCUGGGAAAUGUAAUGCUCCCAUAACUCUGUGAUGGCCAAACUCUUGAACUUUCUUAGAUUCACACUCACUUCUUUGUAGUGUCUCUUGAUAUAUGUCCAUCUAAGACACCUUUGCUUAUCUACUAUUGCCCCACCCCUCCGUCUUGUUCAAUUUAACUGUCCUUAAUUCAUCAAAGGCUUCCUUGGUGACUCAUUGGUAAAGAAUCUGCCUACCAAUGCAGGAGACA